UCUUCUGCAGUACGGACAAGUCCAAUAAUCAUGAACGCUUUGUCAGCUCUCGUCUUCAUCUCGCUCGCCGUUUUGGCUAGCGCCGGUUGGCACGGAUAUGGCCAUGGUGGUUACGGCUGGGGUGGACUCAACCAUAACUACCAUGGAUCCGUUGGCCCAGCUGGUGUUGUAACUGGCGCCGGAGCUGUGGGACCAGCUGGUUCCGUCAAUGGUCACGGUGCUGUUGGACCUUCGGGUGUCGUCAAUGGACACGGCGCUGUAGGACCGACCGGACCAAACGGGCAUGGGGCCUGGGGUGCUUGGGACGGUGCCUGGGGUGGAGCCGGAGCCGGAGCUUGGGGUGCCCAUGGUUGGGGUGCUCACGGAUGGGGACAUCACGGACAUUGGUAAACGGAUUCGAUAUCAACUCCUUCUAAGACUUGGAAAAAUGUGUUCAAUAAUUUUAUGCAAUGUUUUUGCAAAAACCAAAAAUAAAUGUAUGU